AUGCCAAAACCAACAUGUGUUCAGUGCAAUACUAACGAUUCAUUUCUGUGGCGAAGUGCAGAAAACGGUCAAAUAUGCAACGAAUGUCACUUGGCGAAUACAGUGAAGAAAGAGAUUAAAUCGGAGGCUACCGCCGUUAAAACUGAGAAUGACGAUAAGAAAGACGAAAAGGAAGAUCCUGAAACCAAAAAUGGAAAGAGCGAAGGGGAAACAACCCCUGCAAAGGCAACUGGUAAAGGGACGCGUAAAAGUACGCGCUCAACGCGAUAUAAAGCUAAAACACCUGCUCCAGCGCCAUCUAAACCAACAGCGCCUCGUGGGAGAGGUCGAAGAAGCAUCUUUAAAAGACAACCUCUAAAAGCCCCCACGGCUACGGCUACUGUUGUUACUAGUGAUUAUUUGUUUUUUAAGGGUAAUUAUAUGCAAGUUGGUGACAUAGUUUCAAUGAUAGAUGUGAAUGGAGGUACAUACUAUGCUCAAAUCAGAGGCUUCCUCACAGAUCAAUAUUGUGAGAAGAGUGCUGUAAUAACCUGGUUGUUACCAACAAAAGCUAGCCCCCCACCAGAAAAAGCAUUCGACCCAGCUACUUAUAUCAUUGGGCCAGAAGAAGAGCUUCCACGUAAAUUAGAAUAUAUGGAAUUUGUAAUGCAUGCUCCUUCAGAUUAUUACAAAGCAAGCAACACUCCUUAUCCUCUUACUGAUUCUGAAGUCAAUAAUUAUAAUGGAUUUAUUUGGACAACUCUUGAACCUAAGGAGAGAACU